AUGGCAACUCCACCAGCCCCAACUAGCACAAUUGGUGGAGGCUGCCUGCACCAUGAGGGGCAGACGGGGAAAGCAAUGCAGAUAUUCUGGAUAUUCCAUAUCCGGAAACAUCAUCACUGCACCCUGGGCACCUUGACUGGGUCAGGGUCUCACAAUAGGGUGUGGGUGCCAUCGCUGCUGCAGCUCCAAGAAGGCAAGUUUAUGAAACCAGGGAAAGUCGUCCUUGUCCUUGCUGGGCGUUACUCCGGACACAAAGCUGUUAUUGUUAAGAAUAUUGAUGAUGGCACCUCUGACCACCCCUACAGCCACGCUCUGGUGGCCGGCAUCAAUCGUAACCCACGCAAAGUAACAGCAAGCAUGGGCAAGAAGAUUGCCAAGCAUUCCAAGAUCAAGUCCUUUGUGAAGAUCUACAAUUACAGCCAUUUGAUGCCUACCAGGUACUCCGCUGAUACUCCCCUUGACAAGACUGUUGUCAACAAGGAUGUCUGUAGGGACCCUGCGCCGAAAUGUAAAGCCCGGUGGGAGGCCAGAGUGAAAUUUGAGGAGAUACACAAGACAGGCAAGAACAAGUGGUUUUUCCAGAAGCUCAGAUUCUGA